GUGACGAAAUUUGCGUUAGCGCACCGUGCGCGGACCUAAACGUAGCCGUGUUCGCGGAAGUAUAUUUCUCCUUGGCCCUCGUAGCUCUCCGUAGUUUGGUUUUACCCUCCUCCCGUGAGAAGAGUCGAGAACCCGGAUUCCGUCCAUGUAUGCUAACUUCUCUAAUGAGCAAUCGCUAGUCAGUUUACAAAUAAUUGGUUGUGGAGCUUUUUGAUUUAGGUUACUGAUAUGGCGUACCAACUGUACAGGAACACAACGCUGGGAAAUAGUCUUCAGGAGAGCCUCGAUGAACUCAUUCAGACACAGCAGAUCACUCCUCAACUUGCGCUCCAAGUUCUGCUCCAGUUUGACAAAGCCAUCAACACUGCACUGGCCAACCGGGUGCGGAACCGGGUCAAUUUUCGGGGUUCCCUCAACACCUACCGCUUUUGUGACAAUGUGUGGACAUUCGUCUUGAAUGAUGUGGAAUUUCGGGAGGUAACGGACCUGGUCAAAGUCGACAAAGUGAAGAUUGUGGCCUGUGAUGGCAAGAGGGAUCAGUCUUGAGAACUGUUUUGUUUUCUUAACACAGAUACUGGGUCCAAUGCACCAGAGUAAGGUUCUGAGAGGGAGGACGGGAAGGAGGAGGAGGAAGAUGAUGAUGAUGUUCCAUUGCAAGAACAAGACUGUAAAUAUUAGCUUAUUUAUUGUAGUGAACUGUGUUGGAGGCCAAUGAAACCAACACAGCAGUGUCAGUGAUAUGUUUGACUGGCCUUUACAGUUGCAGGAGGUCCAUGUCUUUUUUUCCCAUUUUACUACUGUUUUCAAUAAUGCAUCCUUAAUAAAGAAUUUUUAUGUUUGCUGGUG